GUCAGACUAAAUAAAGGAAUUCAUUGAAUAAAAAUGAGUGAUUGAACACUCACAAUAAAUUUUGCUUGUGCUAAAAAUAUGAUUCGGAGAAAAAAAAGAAAAGGAGGGGCAGGACAGUAAAAGUACAUCCACACCACUCAAAAGGAACAAGCGGCAGGGAAAGAAAAAAAAGACUCAUCUGCUCCUCACUCUCCUUCUCUAUCUAUCCGCCAGAAUCCGGCGAACCACCACCCAAACCCGUCUUUUCUCUUCCUCUCCUCCCUUCUUAUUCUCCACCUCCUCUCCGCCAACAACCAGCAUUAACGCCACCAAAACCGACCGAACCGCAGCCCCAACAACCACGACCUUGCCCCUCCUCCCUUCGGAAACAGACCCGGCAACAGCAGCACACGAACAACCCAGCAGCCUACUUCCGCGGCCAUCUUCACGGCAUCUCCGACAAAGGAGAGAAGAGACCGAAGGGAAAAGCACUCCGAUCUCUCCUCGUCGGCUGGUUCUUAUUCUCACAACCUCCAUUGUAGGAAGAGGUCAUGAGGCUUGCGAUCCACCCCCCACGCGCCGGCAUCCUGAGCGGAAGCUCACCGCCGGCGACAGUACUUGGCUGGAACGUGCAAGCCACCCGCCACCAGCCCUUCAGCUUGGCUUCGACUGUUUUUGGAGUAUCUAGACAGAGUGGAAGGUUGUCAACGAGGAGUAGAAUCCAUAGCCAAUUAUUAGGAAUUCAGAAUACACCUUCGUUUUCUGCUGGGAAAAAGUUUCAACUUGAUGAUUUGAUUGAGGCUCAGCAGUUUGAUAGGGAAAUUCUAGCUGAUAUAUUUGAAGUUGCUCAUGAGAUGGAAAAGGUUGAGAAGAAUUCUCCUGGGAGUCAAGUCCUUAAGGGGUAUUUAAUGGCUACUCUUUUUUAUGAGCCUUCUACUCGUACCAGGCUUUCUUUUGAGUCUGCGAUGAAAAGGCUAGGUGGUGAAGUUUUGACAACUGAAAAUGCGAGGGAGUUUUCGUCCGCAGCCAAGGGAGAGACUCUUGAGGAUACUAUUAGAACUGUUGAAGGCUAUUCGGAUAUUAUUGUAAUGCGCCAUUUUGAAAGUGGUGCUGCUAAAAGAGCUGCAGCAACAGCUGAAGUUCCUGUUAUCAAUGCAGGAGAUGGUCCUGGACAACAUCCCACUCAGGCUCUUCUGGAUGUAUACACUAUUGACAGAGAGAUAGGGAAACUGGAUGGUAUUAAAGUUGCACUUGUGGGAGAUCUUGCUAAUGGGAGGACAGUCCGCUCGCUUGCCUAUUUGCUUGCCAAAUACCAAGAUGUGAAGAUAUACUUUGUCUCUCCUGAUGUGGUAAAAAUGAAGGAUGACAUAAAAGACUAUCUGACAUCAAAAAGAGUUGAAUGGGAAGAAAGUGCUGAUCUAAUGGAAGUUGCUUCAAAGUGUGAUGUUUUAUAUCAAACUCGUAUUCAGCGAGAACGGUUUGGGAAGAGAAUUGACCUUUAUGAAGAAGCUCGGGGAAAGUACAUUGUGGAUCAUGAUGUGUUAAAUGUGAUGCAGAAUCAUGCUGUGGUCAUGCAUCCUCUCCCCAGGCUAGACGAGAUAACUGUUGAUGUUGAUGCUGAUCCAAGGGCUGCAUAUUUUAGGCAAGCGAAGAAUGGUCUCUAUAUCAGAAUGGCUCUCUUGAAACUUCUACUUGUUGGGUGGUGAGAGAUGGAUUAUCUUAAUCUUGAAAUUUUGAUGCUUAGUGUUUGACUUGCAUGUCCUUGUGGUUUAUGAGUGAUAGGCUAAGAACAUAAAAUGGAGUAGUUGGAUUUGAAUUUACAGGGUUUUGUCUCAUUUUUUGAUUAAAUCUCGUGCAUGCUCGUUUUUGAUGAA